UCUACAAAUUAUCUACUGCCACACAGUAUCAGAAACCCGUCUAAAUCCGCCAUUCACGUACACCAUCUUUCCCAUAACCCUCGUUGUUGUACGGUUUCAGCGUUAGCCAGGCUAGGCACCUACCGGUGAUUUUCGCAUUUUUUUAAGUAACGAAAGACUGAAAUAAAAUACAAAAUGGCAAAUGUACCACCAGUUUAUGCAGACCUGGGCAAGACUUCCAGGGAUAUAUUCGGAAAAGGAUUUGGCUUUGGUGUUGUCAAGCUUGAUGCCAAGACAAAGACCAGUAGUGGUGUAGACUUCAAUGUAACUGGUACAUCUAAUAAUGAUACAGGGAAGAUUGAUGGAAACUUAGAAACAAAAUAUUCCUGGAAGGAUUAUGGUUUAACAUUCAAAGAGAAAUGGAACACCGAUAACACCUUAGCGACAGAAGUAACCAUUGAAGACCAGAUCGCUAAUGGGCUAAAGCUCACAUUCGACACCGCCUUUUCACCUCAGACUGGUAAAAAGAGUGGCAUGAUAAAAACCGGUUACAAGCGCGACUACUUCAACUUGAACGCUGAUGUUGACUUCGACUUUGCUGGACCCACCAUCUACGGAGCUGCUGUCUUUGGUUAUGAAGGUUGGUUAGCUGGGUACCAGAUGUCUUUCGACACCUCCAAGUCAAAACUGACACGCAACAACUUUGCUCUGGGUUACAAGAAAAACGACUUCCAACUUCACACCAAUGUCAAUGAUGGUAGCGACUUUAGCGGAUCUAUCUACCAGAAGGUCACCGACAACCUGGAAAGCGCCAUCAACGUAGGAUGGACAUCUGGCACCAAUGUGACGCGGUUUGCUGUAGGUUGCAAAUACACAAUUGAUGCAGAUUCCUCAUUUAGGGCAAAGGUCAGCAAUACAAGUCAAAUCGGUCUUGGAUACACACAAACACUAAGACCAGGUAUUAAAUUGACACUUGCUAGUCUUAUUGAUGGCAAGAGCUUAAACCAAGGAGGACAUAAGCUAGGCCUUGGCCUGGAACUCGAAGCUUAACUAUACUUUAUCACUUGGCACUAAAGGUCCUGCUCUGUCGGCCGUCGAACAACCAACCGAAAAGAAAAUGUUAUCAAAGACUCCAGCUGAUAUAUCUAUGUAGCCAAAUAGUAUUUAAACAAUGUAGGAGCUUUGCUCAACUCUGUGUGUGGAUUUCUUUGAUAAAAAAAACAAACCUCAUCAAAAUUCUGCUGUAUAUGAAUGAAUUCAUCUCAACUGCUGGCAUGACAUCCCAGCACUGGAACACGUCAUGUGUGCAAGUGUUUUUACUUUUGUAAGUCUGGUAGCCAAGCAGAAUUUGUUCAUGUGCAGCAGUCUUUAUCAAAUACCUUGUUUCGUUCAUCAUAACUUAACCUGACAUUUUAUACGGCAUGUAAAUUUCAAACUGCUCAUUUGCUUACAGGUGUAUGUCAUUGAUAGUAUUCUCGGUUGAUGUCUGUAGCAGUUGACACUUCAAUUGCCACCUGAAAUGUUAGGGCUACUAGUCCAUUUAGUAUGCAAUUGUGACUCAUCUUGUAGCGAAUAAUAAAAUGAGUCGCCUUUUGAUUAGGGAGGGGGGAAGUUUUGGAGUGUUUGAAGAAACAUCGUGUAUUUUUUCCGUUAACCAAAACUGGUUUCAUUUGGUGCAAACAGAAAUUGGAUUUUAUAAAUAUAAUUUGAAUGUUGCUAACAUCAGUUUAAUUUUUGGCUGCUUCCAGAAUACCCUCAAUGCAUCUUGAUAUGUUUCCAAGAGACGUGGAGCGACCUCAUGAACUUUAUAGUAUUAUAAAUGUGUACAAUUAAACGAUGGUUAGUUGAAAACAGUGAUAGCAAACAUGGGCAAGCAAUUCUAUAUUUGACGUGGUUGAGUAAAAUUCCACAGUUUAAUUAAAUAUUACGAUCCCUUUGUGGUGGUAUUGUGAAGAAAUAACUAAUUAAAGAGAAACCCAAAAUUGGGACUGAUUA